AUGGCACUCAAGAUCUUAACAGAGGGUCGUCUCCCGGUGACCCGCCCUUUCAAUCAAAACUUCAUUAUGGGGAUGAUCCUCUUCUGCAUUCCUGGAAUCUACCUCGCUCUCACUGGCCUCGGAGCAGGCGGUGGUCAAGCAUCCUCGCAGAGAGUUGCAUCUCUGACCAAUGCUAUUCUCUAUGGCAUCUACGCCGUUGUUGGGUGGUGUGCGGGCUCGAUCCUAAAUUAUUUGAAGCCCAAGUACACAAUUGCCCUCGGUGCCAUCGGCUACCCUUUCUACGUUGGCUCGCUGUGGUACUAUGACCGCGGUGGCAGCUUAGUCUUCCCGCUGUUUAGCGGUGCAUUGCUUGGUAUCUGUGCCGCUCUUUUCUGGACGAGCUCGGGCUUCAUUCAGUUUGCCUAUGCUGAGGAAAAAGACAAGGCCACGUACAUCACUUACCAAUGGGUCCUCUCAUCCCUGGGAAGCACAGUGGGUGCUCUCAUUGCUUUUGGCGCAAACCGUGACGGGCAGACAUCUGGCGGCAUCUCCUCCGGAGUUUACGUCGCUUUCAUUGUUAUUAUGUGUUUUGCCAUCGGAAUGGACUUUCUCCUCAUCGUGGAUCCAAAAAAUGUUGUCCGAGACGAUGGCUCACAUAUUGCCAUUUUUAAGAAGCCCAAAUUCUGGGACGAGGUCAAAGGUGUCGCGUCUGUCCUAACCGAUCAGAAGAUCGUCAUUCUGAUGCCAGCCAUGUUUGUCGGAGAGAUGUGUCUGGCGCUUGUGAGCAGUAUCAAUGGAUAUUACUUCAACCUCCGAACUAGAUCGCUCAACAACCUGGUCUUCCAAGCCAUCAUGAUCCCAGCACCCAUCAUCCUGUCUUACAUCAUUGACAAUAGGCACAUAAAGUCUCGACGCACCAAGGGUCUUUGUGGCGCCGCUGCCGUGGCUCUCGUCACGAUUGGCGCCACGGGUGGCCUCCUGGCCUGGAUAAUCACUAACGAUAUCGACCGAACCAAGCCGACUCCAGCGGUGGACUGGACAGACCCGUCCUUCGCUGCUGGAUUUUUACUAUACAUCCUUUUUGGAGUUAUAUACGCAUGCUUCCAGAUCGCUGUUCAAUGGACUCUCGGUUCCCUAACAAAUGAGCCAAGCCUCUGUGCUCGGUAUGCCGGUGCUUUCAAGGGAACUGUUAGUCUCGGCAUGUGUAUCUCAUUCAUCCUCGACUCCGAGGGUAUCAGCUUCCGAUAUCAGGCCAUCAUCCAGAUGAUCCUCUAUGUCCUUGGCCUCCUCUGCCUCGCUUACGUCAUCACAGUUUAUGUUAAGGAGACAAACUACUUUUCUGAGGAGACGGUCAUAGUUCCCGAGUCCAUUAAGAAGAAAAUGGUGAUUCAAGCUGACGUGGAGGUUCCACCCGGUGAGAUUGCCAAUUCACACCCUGGCAGCAUGAAGAAGACCUAA